CGGCCGCGGUUGCCGGGGCGACGGCUGGGGAAGUGGCGGCCAGGCUGGGCAAGCGCGGGCCCCAGCGGCUGAGCAGCAGAGAUUUUUGCUGUGAGAAUCAACGGUAACCUUUCAGCAUGGGGGAUAUCCUGGCUCAUGAACCCGAGUUGCUGGGACUGGUGAAAGAGUACUUAGAUUUCGCCGAAUUUGAAGAGACCUCGAAAACAUUUUCAAAAGAAUGCAAAAUAAAGGGAAAACCUUUAUGUAAAACAGCAGGUGGCUCCUUGCGGGACUCCAAGUCACUGCUAAUCCAGAAGGACCUCCUUGCGGCGUUUGACAGUGGGGACCAGAAGACGUUCUUCGGCCUGUGGGAGGAGCACCUUCCCAGCUCCCUCCGAGACGGCGACCCCCUCGCCCGGAAGUUGGAGUUCUACCUGCACAUCCACUUUGCCAUCGAUCUGCUGAAACGCUCCGCGGGGAGACCGGACAAAGAGGAGCUGGACGAGAGGAUUUCUUAUUUCAAAACCUACCUGGAGACCAGAGGGGCAGCGCUGAGCCAGACCACCGAGUUCCUCCCGUUCUACGCCCUGCCUUUCGUCCCCAACCCAGCGGCGCACCCCUCCUUCCGGGAGCUCUUCCAGGACUCUUGGACUCCAGAAUUGAAGUUGAAGUUGGAAAAGUUUCUGGCUUUAGUUUUUAAAGCCGGCAACACACCGAAGCUUUUAGCAUUAUAUAAGGAGAACGGACAAAAUCACAAAGAGAUGCUGCAGCCCCUCCACCAGCAGCUGGUGGAGGCCGAGCGCAGGGCCAUGACCUACCUGAAGCGGUACAACAAGAUCCAGGCGGACUACCACAACCUCAUCGGCGUCACGGCGGAGCUGGUGGACUCUCUGGAGGCCACGGUCAGCGGCAAGAUGAUCACCCCCGAGUACCUGCAGAGCAUCUGCGUCCGCCUCUUCAGUAACCAGAUGCGGCAGAGCCUGGCACACAGCGUGGACUUCACGAGGCCGGGGACGGCGUCGACCAUGCUGAGAGCCUCCCUGGCACCCAUGAAACCGAAGGAUGUCCCGUUACUGCCCUCCUUGGAUUAUGAGAAGCUGAAGAAGGAUUUGAUUUGGGGGAGCGACCGCUUGAAGGCUUUCUUGCUGCAGGCCCUGCGCUGGCGUUUGACCACGUCCCAUCCGGGAGAGCAGAGGGACACCGUGCUGCAAGCCUACAUCAGCAGCGACCUCCUGGGCUGCCACAGCCACAGCCAGAGGACGGUGCUGCAGCUGCUGCAGGGCCGGAGCGACGUGGUGCGUCAGUACACGGCCCGGCUGGUCAAUGCCAUCGCGUCCCUGGCGGAAGGUCGCCUCUACCUCGCCCAGAGCACCAAGGUGCUGCGGGUGCUGGAGGACAGGCUGAAGGGGGAGGACCAGGACGCCAUCACCCGGGAGAACGUGCUGGGCGCCUUGCAGAAGUUCAGCCUCAGGCGCCCGCUGCAGACAGCCAUGAUUCAGGACGGCCUCAUCUUCUGGCUGAUCGACAUUCUGAAGGACCCCGAUUGCCUGUCCGACUACACGCUGGAGUACUCGGUGGCUUUGCUCAUGAACCUCUGCCUCCGCAGCGCAGGGAAGAACAUGUGUGCCAAGGUGGCGGGCCUCGUGCUGAGAGUUCUUUCGGAUCUGCUGGGCCACGAAAACCACGAGAUACAGCCGUACGUGAAUGGCACCCUGUACAGCAUCCUCUCCAUUCCAUCCAUUCGUGAGGAAGCACGAGCAAUGGGUAUGGAAGACAUCCUUCGCUGCUUCAUCAAAGAAGGCAAUGCUGAAAUGACCCGCCAGAUUGAGUUCAUCAUCAAGCAGCUCAAUUCAGAAGAGCUCCCGGAUGGUGUUCUGGAAUCUGAUGAUGAUGAAGAUGAAGAUGAUGAAAUUGUCCAGGAUAUAACGUCAAAUGGAAAAAGGCAGUUGCAAAGUAAUGUGCCCAGUACGAUUCUGCUUCAGGAAAGAUGAACUCGAACCCCGAGGCCGCAGCCGUGUAUCGAGGCCGUUCUUCGCACCCUGUCCGAGCUUCUGUGAUGAUGUCGAACAGAACAGUUAGGGUACUCCGAGCCUACUUCUGCAGAGGAAAAACAUCAAGAUUUCAAAAUGCUGAUUACUGGGCGAUAAUGAGGCGUACAGAUUAUAGCAGAUAUAACCGAGGAUUGCGAGGAACAGCGCAGUGGAACCGUUGGGAAAACGCAGCCAGGAGAACCAGGAAACCCGCAGUGCACAGGCACACCUGGAGUCGGCCGUCAGAGCCGUGUCGCCACCUGUCUCGUGGCCUCCACAAAACUUCGCUCCAUGUAGGAGGCUGAGAAAGACACGUCUUGCUGCACUAAAAUAGUCACGUAUGAUGGUAUAU